GGGAUGCACAUCCGGCAGAGGGAUAUUCGUUUCCGUAAAAUGAUUCGGGCAUUGCUUUUUCAAAUUCUUCGUCAAUUUUUUUUUCUUAUAAUUAUCUCAUUGGGCAUAGUCCUAUUGUUCUCUCUCUUUUGACUGUUAGCUGGCGUACACAGCUCAUUGGAAGUAAGGAACCGGAAAUUGCGUUGCGAUAGACCGUGGUAACGCUACAAGCCAGGAUCCUCUCUCAGCCUGUCUCCGAUCAGAGCCGCUGCGAAGGAGGCACAGGGAGUGGCCGCUGCACCUGCCCGACCAGUUUGAGGACACAUGACUCCGGAGGAAUUUCCCUGGAAGCCCAUUUCUUAUCUGGUGCGUUUUGUCCAAACGGAGGGCAUCUGUGCGUCUGGAAGCGGCCGGGAGCGAGAAGAGGAGGGAAAAGUAGGCCACUUCUAGGGGACCCCGGGGGAAAAGGAGGAAGAUAGAAGGAUUGAGUGCGCAGAUAAUGACGGAACCAGCUCCAAAUCCCGCGGCCACUGCGUUCCCCUCGGCCACUAUCUCUCUACCUUUGGGCCUGGAGAUACUGAGGACGUAUUCCGGAGCGCUUAUAUGUCUAGAAAUUGUGUUGGGGGGGCUGGUAUGGAUCCUGGUGGCUGCCUCCGACGUGCCCGUGCCUCUGUUGCAGGGCUGGGUGAUGUUCACCUCCAUCCUCACCUUCUCCCUCUCCUCUACCUACCUGGCCAUGCUGAUCACCGGCCUGGCAGACCGCAUCAACACGGACUGGAACGUCCUGGACGUGCUGUACCACCUGGUGGCUCUGCUCUUCUACUUCGCGGCCUUCGUGUUGGAGGCGGCCACAACAGCGGCUAACGGCGGCGCCCACAUCAAGCUGCAACCCAACGGCACUGAGACGCUCGUGUGUAUCACCUACCCCCGGGGCAACGUGUUCACCAUGCUGGACCAGCGGCAAUUCAGUAUUAACGUGGCGGCCACGAUAUUCGCCUUCGUGGUGACAAUAUGCUACGGCUGCAGCCUGUUCAUGGGCUUCAGAAGAUGGCGGAUGUGACCGGGGAACCACCGCACUUCCAUCUCCUCCGGCGGCACCAGCGUUGCAUAGCUUUGUAUAAUGAUGUUGUACGUGGUUCACGUUAUGAAGAGCUUCUGUGUUGGUCAGUACAGGUCGCUUUGUGUUUGGUCGCUACCUGAGUGGAAACAAGAGUAUGCUUAGGUAACAUAUCACCAAAAUAACCUGCUUAUAUGACGUGAGCCAGACUAUUUUCACUCUCCCUGACCCCGUUAAAUGCAUAAACGUGAGAAUAUAGAGUAUAUAUAGAAUAUAGAUCAAUUCUGAACGCAUACGUUGAAGAUAACCAUUGAUAAUCGUUGUGACUUGUUCUUUGUGAUACGUCUUCAUGCUUGACUGCUGUUACACAAACAACACUCUGAGGCAGUGCAGAUAGAUAUUUUGACUGAUUAACUAUGGAGAUUUUUCAUGCUCAUUUGCUGUUACCUACACUCUCGGUUUCAUUUUUUAUAAUUUAAACAAGUAGGUCUGCCACAGACCAAAUCUGCUUUUGAUAUUGUCCACUACCUCUGAACAUGUGCCACUGUAUCAUUGAGCAGAAGGGGAUAGUCACAAGUCAUUCUACAGGUAACGAGGGACGCCCCCUGCUGGAAAGAACGUGAAAUUGUAGGAGUCAAACCCCUCCCACUUUCCUUGUUCAGGUGCUAAAGUUUGUGUCGUGUCCGUCCGCUAUUAUAAUAAAGAACUAGAAUUAUUGAAUAACUACACCUAUCCAAAGUGGAUUUGUGAUUUAAAUCUGAAGAAGAUUUAUAACCAACAGAGUCCCGGCCUCCCCCGGUGUCAUAGGAAUUUGGUGCAAAGGCAAAGCUCUUUGUACGUUGCGUUGGUGACCAAUAGUUACACAAUUGUUAUCUUUAUUUACUGACUGAUUCGAUGAUUUAUUUGUUACGUUUUCAUUUGCACCUAUUAAUGAUUCGCCGUUUCAUAUAGCUUUCCUAUAAUCACUCACAUUCAUGCUUUGUUCAGUUUAGAAAAUAAAUGUUUUGUUUGAAUAACAAUUUGAAUAACAAUCAUGGAAUAACAAUUGUAGUUGCAUCCUGUGACUAGUAUUAAAGGCAAUACGAAAUUGUACAUUGUAGAAAAUGGUC